CUCUGAGUCAAUUUUCAUAUAAAAUGUACCCGACAAAUCAAUUUAGGUGUUAGCUCUGUGAUGACGGUGUCGUUUUUCAUCAAUGGCCAUCCCUACUUCACAUCUUCCUACACGAAUUCUCCAAAUUUUCUGUCUGUUAUUCACAAUACCCUUUUUUCUAACCGCUUUUUCAGCUUCAAUUGGUGAUUUAUCAAUCAUCGAUUACGAUUACGAUUACGAUUACGAUCACGAUCCAUUUCACGGCGAUUACUCACCACCAUCACCACCACCGCCAUCUCCACCGCCACACACACCGUCACUAUCAUGCGACGAAUUAAGAGGCAUUGGGUCUUUAAACACAACGUGCGAGCUGAAUUACAGCUUGAAUUUCACAGACGAUGUGUAUAUAGCAGGAAAAGGUAAUUUGUAUAUUCUUCCCGGGGUGAAUAUUACUUGCCCUAUAUCAGGCUGCUCAAUUAGCGUCAAUGUUAGCGGUGAAUUCAGAUUGGGUUCGAGUUCGAAGUUGGAAUUGGGGACAGCGUAUGUGGUGGCUGGAAAUGUGAGUUUAUUGGAGGGGUCUAUGAUUAAUGUGACGGCCUUGGCUGGGGCGCCACCGGAACAUACGAGUGGGACACCGAAGGGUUCACAAGGUGGUGGUGGAGGGCAUGGUGGGAGGGGUGCGAGUUGUGUGAUGGACAAUACGAAGUUGCCAGAGGACGUGUGGGGCGGGGACGCAUAUUCAUGGUCGUCGUUGGAUAAGCCGUGGAGUUAUGGGAGUAAAGGUGGGACGACGAAUAAGGACGAGGACUUUGGUGGAGGAGGAGGUGGGAGGAUUUGGAUUGAGGUGAAAUGUAACGUCGAAGCUCACGGGAGUCUUUUGGCUGAUGGCGGUGAUGGUGGCCUCAAAGGAGGAGGAGGUUCUGGUGGCAGCAUUUACAUCAAGUCCCAGAAAAUGUAAAUUAUCCUGUUUGAUCAUAUUGACUCUAUUUGGUCUUUGCUUAAUUCUUAUGCAUUUGAACUUGUUCUAUUUCAAA